CGAGCACUCAUAAUAUCAUCCGGCCGGUGACGCUACCGCACGUGCAGCGGGGUGCAGCUGUGUGCAGCAGGUUGCAGCAGCGUGCAGCAGGGUGGAGCUGAGUGCAGCAGGGUGGAGCUGAGUGCAGCAGGUUGCAGCAGCGUGCAGCAGGGUGGAGCUGAGUGCAGCAGGUUGCAGCUGUGUGCAGUUUGCGUGAAGCAGCGUGCAGCAAGCUCAAUUGAGCGCAGUGGGGUGCUGAAGUGUGCAUUGGAGUUCAGCUGGGUGCGGUGGGGUGCAGCAGGGUGAAACAGGCUGCAGUCGGCGUGCAGUGGGGUGAAGCAGGGGGCAGGGGGCGACCCGAAGAUUAGGAGAGGAAGCGUCUGUCCGUCGCACAGGUUUAUUUUGCGGCUUCAGCACAGUCGAGUGGGGGGCGAGCGGACGAGAGGCAGCUGCGAUCGACCGUCGGUUCGCAAUGGAUGAGUGGGACGAGGAGCAGUUCCGGCGCGAGGUGGACAGCCUCAAGUACCAGCUGGCCGUCAAGCGCGAGUUGUCCUCCCAGACGAUCCCCGAGCUUGUCAAGUGGAUCGAAGACGGGCGGCGCACGGACCCCUUCCUCAACCCCGAGCUCACCAAGAACAACCCCUGGGUGGAGAGGAGCAAGUGUACCAUCCUGUAGCCACCCCCGGGGGACGUGAGGAGGAGGACGAGGGGCAGGGAGGGGAGAGGGACAGGAGGCGAGGAGAGGAAGAGGAGUGGAGGUGAGGAGAUGAAGAUGGGAGGGAGGAGUUGGGCGGAGGAGAUCAGUGGAGAAAAGGAGUGGAAGUGAGAAGAUGACGAGGGAAAUAAGAGGAGGAAAGAGUAAAGAUGAGAUGAGGAGGAGUAUAAGAGUAGUAGUAGUGGUGAGUUUGCGGAGGUUAGGAGGAUAAGAAGGCUAAGGAAAUGCGAUGGUGAAUGCCUCUCUUGCUGCCAGCCUGAGCAAAGGAAAAAGUGUGGGGUCCAGUUGGGGGUGAUUUAUGGGGACCAAUAAUGGAACAGUCUGCGAUAAGAUUCUUCACCGGAGGAGGGAAUGCACACGUGACUACACGAUGCAUCUGUGGCCACCUCCCAAACUGGGUGAUCAGCUGAAUUAUUGAGAUUCAGGGCCGCGAUUUGAAUCAAGUAUCGAUUCCCUUGAUUCAUUUUUUACCGUCUCGUUUGUAUUGUUCCGCGAUCGUUUUCCGUCCCGUUCGUACAGUUUUGUUCGAUCCAUGGGCCUAAAUGUGACGUUAGCGUAGCCUGUGCAGUACGCAUACAGCGCUUUUGUCAAUCCACUGCUGGAUGAAGUGCUCCCCCACAUUGCGCAGAGGAAACAAGAAACACACGCCAUGCAAACUCACACGGUUCCCGGCAUGCGUUUGUUUGUCCUCGGAAAUGUUCACUGAGCAACGAUUUUUUGCGUUUCAAGCGGCGCUCACGAGGCGGCGUUUUGACUUCGCGAGGCGAACGUCGCCUGUGAUGACGUCACUGGGCAGGACAGGAGAGGUCGGCACAGCCUUUUAGCGCUGGUUUUUUCCCCAUCCAAUAGUCCAUGAGAUGCUUCAAAAUGAGACCGUUUUGCCGUUAUCAAAGUAUGAAAAAAUAAGAAUAGAUUUUCCCUUUUUUGGCAAUAAAACGGGUGUUAAGAUGUUCAAACACCAAACAGAAACCUUUGUCAAUGAAUCUUAAGACCUGUUUUAUUGCCAGAAAGGAUACAACCUAUUCUUAUUUCUUCAUAGUCCAUGAGAUGUCUCCUUUGUCGAUACCGCGUGAGGUAGCCUAACUUUAGCAGUUUCAAUUUCUCUACGUGGCCAGUGAUAAAUACUUGGAAUGAGUGAGACUAUCAAGUAAUUUACUUUCAUUUUCCAUCAAAUAAAUGGGUACGACUAAAGUUUUGCUACUUUAGGUGGUACCGAGUUCUGCUCUGGACCAUGAGUGGGCCGAUUGAUCUUUGAUCUCAUGACAAGUUUUGUGCAACCGUUUAAUCAAUUUUGGCCAGUUUUCAACAUUGUUGAAAACAACAUCAUUGUUGUACUACAAUUAUGUUCAUAUUGGAUCAUAUGUACAACAGGGCAGACAUGCAGACAGAUCUAAUGCUUAAUGCUUUCAACCCCCAUUGGUUCCUACGUUUAAAAGAAAGACGAAAUGUGAGUUUACUUGUAAAUGGAAUCACAGUCCCAGAUCAUGACGGCAGAAUGGUUAGAGCGAGUUGUCGGGGGAGGGUGGUGGGUCGGGGGUUGAAUUUCCAUCAUCAAAGCAGUACAUGCCCCACCGUAUGAACCACGCUGAGUAACCACGCGAGCCAGACCUUGUAUAGAAAUGAGCAUUGUUGUUGUAGCGUUAACCAAAACGAUCCAGGAUAUAUGUUUUAUUUGGUCAUGCCAUUCAUAUUCAGAUAUUCAUUUCGCUUGUGUUUCAGAGUGGGCCGAUUGAUCUUUGAUCUCAUGAAGAUGCUAAAUCGUAAAUAGGUUUUGAUCGAGUUGCUAAAAGGAUACCAUUUUUAAACGGAUAUUUUAAAUUCAAUGGAGUGCAUGUUUUACAAUUCACGCAGCUCAAUAACGAAAUAAAUAAUAUUGCAUGGUUUUAAUUAUAUAAAAUAUUUUAUACAUAUCAGAAUUUAUAAAUUUGUGUCAUUAAUUAGGGUGAUGAAUUUUGCUUUGACCAUCUCUUAAAUAACCUCAGUUAUAAUUAGAGCUGGGAUAUCCUAUUUCUAAAGUCGUCGAUCACUCAACCAAAUAUAUCGAUUUUAAGCUUUCGUGACUGCAGGGAUUCAUCUUCUUGGUUCUUUCGGUAAAGUCACGUAGAAGGGAAAUAAUAAUAUAAUAAAAGU